AUGUGGCUCAAGCAGGUCCUCCCAGUCUUGGCUGCUCUUAUGGGCAAGUCCAUGGUUGAUGCCAAAGCAGUGUUUGCACACUUCAUCGUUGGCAACGUCCAAGCCUUCUCCCAAGCCGACUGGGAAACGGACAUCGCAACCGCGCAAGCAGCGGGCAUCGAUGGUUUUGCCCUGAACAUCGCAGCGGGCGACACCAGCAACGGCGUCUCUGUCCAGAAGGCCUUCGAUGCGGCCGACGCCAAGGGCUUCAAGCUGUUCUUCUCGUUCGACUACGCGGCGUGGGGUGCCUGGGACAAAAACGCCAUCGUCUCCUAUAUCAACACCUACAAGGGCCGGGCCUCUUACUACCUGCAGGGCUCGCAGCCCCUGGCUUCUACAUUUGAAGGUCCGGACAACGCCACCGACUGGUUCGACAUUAGAAGCUCGACCGGCGCCUUUUUCAUGCCCGACUACAGCUCGAAAGGGCCUCAGUGGGCUGUCAACAGUGGUGUUGUCGACGGUCUUUUCAGCUGGGAUGCCUGGCCCGACGGAGCCAGCGACAUGACUACUGCCACCGACCAACUUUACAAGAACGUACUUGGUGGAAAGCCUUACAUGAUGCCUGUAUCCCCUUGGUUUUUCGCCAACGUGUACAACAAAGCCUGGGUCUGGCGUGGAGAGGACCUCUGGUACGAUCGCUGGCAGCAAGUCCUUCAGGUCCAGCCUGAGCUGGUCGAGAUCAUCACCUGGAACGAUUAUGGCGAGUCACACUACAUCGGUCCUUUGUGGGAUUCAGAGAUGGGUCUGUUCGUCUCUGGGAACGCUCCUUUCAACUAUGCCGCCGGCCAUCCCCACGAUGGCUGGAGGCUGUUCCUGCCUUACCUCAUCCAGCAGUACAAGACCGGCUCCGCGACCAUCUCUCAGGAGGGCCUUAGCACCUGGUACCGGCUCAAUCCCAACACUGCCUGCACAGCAGAUGUGACUGGCAACGACCCGGCUGGGCAUGGCCAGCAAUAUGUUGAUCCGGCGCUAGUCCUCCAGGACAGGGUAUUCUACUCGGCACUACUGGGCUCGUCAGCUACUGUCUCCGUCUCCAUCGGCGGUGUCGUGCAACAGGGUACUUGGGAGAACGUCCCGGCUGGCGGUGCCGGUAUCUACCACGGAAGCGUGCCGUUCAACGGAGGCACCGGUCAGGUAGUUGUGACCAUCUCCCGCAAUGGCGUUACCAUUUCCGAGGUUCUAGGUGCAUCCAUCACCACCAGCUGUGAGAGCGGAAUCGAAAACUGGAACGCGUGGGUUGGUAGCGCGACCGGCGCCGCCCCUUCUCUUCCUGGCACCACCAUCACGACCAGCACCACGAGCACCACCACCAGCAGUACCACCACCACCACCACGCCUCCCGGUCAGCAAGUAUGCGUCAGUGGAGUUGGUAGUGGCAACUACCAGGGCCUAUGCAGCUUCUCCUGCUCAUACGGAUACUGCCCUGCUGGUGUCUGCACCUGCACUGCUUUCGGCACUCAGAGGGCUCCUCCGCCCAGUACCGGUCAGAAGGGAUACCCGCUCGCCGGUCUCCCCGACAGAUGCAGCUAUCUCGGCCUCUGCAGCUUUGUUUACGAUCAUGGUUAUUACCCUGACACUGCUUGCAGUUCGGAUCCUGCGGGUGCCUCUGGCUGCUAG